AUGCGCCUUUAUGAGGCUCGAAGCCUCCUGAAGAACCACGACGCGGAGCAGGAUAUAUCGAAGGAAGAUGCGCAGAGUGGGUCCAGCGAUGGCAUCAGCGCCAGUCCAUCGCUAGAUCGUCCAUGCGACCCGACAGCCAGGGAACGAGCGCCGAGAGAAAAUGACAAGCCAAUUUGGAAGCAAAGAGGCCUGAGCAUCUAUUACACUCACGAGCAUCAGAGGCACAUCGUGGACAUGCGCGAACCAUCAGUGCAAUUCAUAAAGCCUGUCAUCGGUUACAGAGGCGUCACUCUCACUUCAUGCCAAGCGUCAGCGUCGCUGUCACACGUAAGGACUGUCAGAUGUCAGAAAGAGAGUGCUGGUAAUUCAGUACCCAAAGAGUUGAAGAUGAUGGACACACAGCGUGCUUUGCUGGCGGUGGAGCGGCUGCAGGAGAGGCUGAAGAAGAAGGGAGAACUGCCUGCUGAGGAAAAACUCAGUCUGCUCAAGAGUGUCUUACAGAGUCCCCUGUUUCACCAGAUACUCAUCAUGCAAGACACCGGACAACAGCAUCAGCAACGACAGGGUUUAGUAGAGAAAAGGGAAAAAGAGUUCGGUGUCAGAUUCAGAAACAACAAGAACGGUUUGGGCAUCAACAUCUCCAAAUCUCUGGAUAACCUGGACAAAGAGUCCAGCGGGUUUGAAAUAAAGAGCAUACUGAAAGGAAAUGCAGUGAAUCAGGAUGGACAAAUUCACACCGGAGAUCACAUUAUUGCUGUGGAUGGUCAGAAACAGAAAGCGGAGAAGAUUCUGCACACGACUGGCCAACAAGUGGAGAUCUCUCUUCAGAGAAAGGGCUCACCAUCUGGAACACAGACAACCCCCACAACGUCCACAAUCUCUCAGAGACCCUCAACCCUUCAGGGGCUCCUUCCCCCUCCGCUGCCUCCAUGUCUGCCAGAGCCAAAGCCAGUCCUGCCCCCAGGGAAAGUUUUCUACACUGAACGCCGGGACCUCAACUUCAACAGAGAGUGCAUUGAGUCAACGCGAAGCUGUUAUUUAGAGUCCAACAUGGAGAACAGAAACCAGCCUUCAUUUUGCAAACUGUCGGAUGAAGAGGAAAUAUUGAAGGAGAAGUGGCAAAGCAAACUGGGUCCUCAAUAUAAAGUCAUGGUGGCCCAGGUACAGAAAUUGACUGAGAGCAGUGGUCUUGGUGUGAGUUUGGAGGCUAAGGAAGGUCAUCACUAUAUCUGCUCUAUACUGCCAGAAGGUCCGAUCGGACAGACGGGAAUCGUUCAUCCUGGAGACGAACUGCUGGAGGUGAACGGCUUCUCUCUGAUUGGUGAGACACACAGGGAAGUUGUGAGCUUGCUGAAGGAACUUCCCGUGAAUGUUUGUGUGGUUUGCAGUCGUCUCGUCCCACCCACAGCCAGUGAUGAAGAUGAUGAUGAUGGUGACGAUGUACAACUCACCCUCAAGGAGCUACUAGCAGAAUUUAAUGAAAAGGCCGAGCAAAACUCGUCUGCACGCAGAGAGGAUGAAUGGAGGACAGAGGCUCCUAUGCUUUCCCAUCAGGCCAUGUGGGAGAACGAGAUUCAAGUUUAUGAGCUGCAGAAAGGCGAUUCUGGUCUGGGAUUCAGUAUACUAGACUACCAGGACCCCAUGAACCCAGGGCAUAAUGUGAUAGUGAUCCGCUCUCUUGUAGCAGGCGGUUUGGCAGAAAGAGAUGGCCGCUUGUUGCCAGGCGACCGGCUGAUGUUCGUGAACGGGACUGACUUGAGCCACGCGAGUCUGGAUCAGGCCGUUCACGUCCUAAAGAGCACUGCUUUGGGCAUCGUAUGCAUCGGAGUCACCAAACCCUUAACGGAGAGUGAGACUCAGGACGCAGGAGCUGAUGUAACCGUCAGCGGCCACUCCGAACAUUACAAUCAGCACGGCACUUUGCAGACAAAUUCCCACUCUCAGAACAGCACGAUGGAGGCUGACGCCAAACACGUCUCCAUCCCCUCAAGUGGCUAUGAGAGAAGCAUAACUAUAGUCAGGGGAAACUCCAGUCUGGGAAUGACAGUGAGUGCCUUAAGGGAUGGUUCAGGCAUGAUAAUCCGCUCUGUGGUUCAUGGCGGGUCGAUCAGUAAAGACGGGAGGCUGGCAGUGGGGGAUGGAAUUGUUGCUAUCAAUGAAGAAUCCACCACCAACCUGACCAAUGCACAAGCCAGAGCUAUGCUGCGCAGACAUUCACUGAUCGGACCUGAUCUCAGCGUGACGUAUAUACCUGCUGCCUUCCUGGACAUGCACAGAGCCAGCUAUGGCCAAUCAAAAGAGAAAAUGGAAACACACAGAACAGCUACCGUCCAACCCAAGCACCCACAGAACCUGCCGUUCAAACCUCUAGAAUGCAUUUCUGAACAACAAAGUACAGUGGACGGUAAAGGAGUGAAUGGAAAGAUUCAAGCUGAAGAAGAGAAUGAAAGAACAGAUAACCACAGUCAAGUAAGACUAAGAGAGAGCGAUGAAAGACUGGAAAGAGACAAAAAGGUGAAGAAUGAAAGAACGGUCUUGGAGAGUGAGAACGGACAAAGAGGAAAAGACAGACAAAAAAAAGAUGAAGAAGAAACACACGGGAAGGAUCGUAGCUCAUGGAGUCAGCCUAGAAGAGUCACAUUAUUCAGGGCUGGGGCCACGUGUCUUGGCUUCAGUGUGGUGGGGGGUCGUGGUAUGGGCAGUCGACUCAGCGAUGGAGAAAUGAGACGGGGCAUCUUCAUAAAACACAUCGCAGAGGACAGCCCAGCUGCAUGCAACAGCACUCUGAAAGAAGGAGACCGAAUUCUUCAGGUGCAAGGUGUAGAUGUGAGUGAUUUUACUCAUGAAGAAGCCGUUGAGGCGAUCCGUAGAGCAGGAGACAGAGUCGAACUACUACUGCAGAGUCCUCAGCUUUCAGCUCCUGACAACUGCCCUGAAGAUGACAAUGCAUCAAAAUCAAAUUCUCUAAAUCAUCAGCAGCCCGAGAUCCCCAAUAAUCUCUCCCCAACCUACCCCUUCAGUCCCAUCCCCUUUAAGCGAACAGAAGACUGGAAGCUGGGGAAGCCGUGAGCAGGCCGUAUGCAGCAGAGGUAUGGCAGUCUGCCUGGAGAGCUGCACAUGUUUGAUCUGGACUGUGGCUCUCACGACUCUGGACUGGGAUUGUGUUUGUCUGGAAACAGAGAUGGAGCGCGUGGUAGAAUGAGUGUGUACGUGUCCGAGAUCAAACCGGACGGGGCUGCUGCCGCAGAUGGUCGGGUCAGAGUGGGAGAUGAACUACUGGAGAUAAAUGGACAAGUGCUGUAUGGACGCAGUCACCAGAACGCAACAGCAAUCAUCAACAACGCUCCGGCUAAAGUCAGGAUUCUGCUCACAAGGAAUAAAGCUGCACAGAACCAGAUGACUACAGGAUCAGCAAAAGAGAUGGACAACUGUCCUGUUGUAUCUCCAGCCAUGCAUAUCAACAUGAUCAGAGAAGGUCAACAUUCAGUAUUAUUGCAGGAUGGAAGGAUCAGCAGAGAGGAUAAACUGAAGUCUCGUUCCUCAGAGAGCCUCAACAUUGGUCUUCCUGCUCCAAUCAAUGCCACAUCCAAUCAUAAGCCCUCCUGUCAUCCUGCCAGUCACAUGUCUCCCAGCCACUGUACGCCUCCAUCAUCUGGCGUUUCAUCAGCUGAUGACAGGAGCCACUGCGGCCCCACAGCCAAUCAGAGCUCUAGCACGGGGCCUCACAGCACUUCUUACUUGGCCCAGGGUUCUGUGAGUGCUGACCCCCUAACAAGUCCAAUCAUAGCUGGCUGUAUAAAUACCAUCGAUAUCUGCAAGGGCACCGCGGGGCUCGGCCUCAGCAUAGUAGGAGGCUGCAACACAGUGCUGGGCGUAAUAGUGAUUCAUGAAGUGAAUAAGGAUGGUGCGGCACACAGAGACGGUCGGCUGUGGGCUGGAGAUCAUAUACUAGAGGUGAACGGCAUUGAUCUGAGGAUGGCCACUCAUGAGGAGGCCUUGAGCGUCCUGCGCUUGAGUCCGCAGCGUGUGCGAUUGUGCAUCUACAGAGUCCCUGGGACAGAAAACCACUCCACACACAUCCUCCAGAACCACACACCCGAGGACAUGUGGGACCUCUUCAGUGUGGAACUGAACCUCAAAACAGGACAGGGACUGGGGCUUCGCAUUGUGGGUAAAUGGAAUGACACUGGAAUCUUCGUGUCUGAGAUAACAAGGGGAGGGGCUGCAGACUUGGAUGGAAGACUGUUGCUAGGUGACCAGAUUUUGUCUGUGAAUGGAGAGGACAUGCGAGCUGCAUCACAGGACGAUGCAAGCGCGCUACUGCAGAGCUGUAGUGGGCCUGUGCUGUUGGAGGUGGCUCGUUUUAAAGCUUCAUCACACUACUCAUAUGGAGAUCAGGUGGGCGAGCUGGACGUCCCUCUUCUCUCCUCUUUCAGCGCAUAUGAUUCUGUGGAUGGGAACGUGGACAUCAGAACUGUCAGCGUUCAGAAGCAUGAGUGUGAGUCUGUGGAGUUGAGAUUGAGAGGCACACAGGGAGAUGGAAUGAUUUAUAUCUCCAACCUGGACCCGACCACAUCCGCAGCGCGCGCAGGACUUCUGCAGCUGGGUGCCAGUGUCAUCAGCAUUAACGGUACAUCAACAGAACGUCUCUCAGUUACUGAGGCAAGUGCUGUCCUGAGAAACAGCAGCGGAGCCGUCACACUGCAGGUGAUGCCAAGUGGCUGUGCAGAUGGAGCUAGUAAAGAUCAGGCAUCUUUAAUUCACUCCUCACCUGGAGGACACACUACCCACAACCACCAGAGUUCUCAGUUCCAGACUAUCACUCUUGAACGCGGUGCUGCUGGGCUUGGCUUCAGUAUUAUAGGAGGAUUUGGCAGUUCCCAUGGUGACUUGCCAAUCUAUGUCAAGAGCAUAUUUCCCAAGGGAGCUGCGGUGGAGGACAGGCGUCUGCGUCACGGUGAUCAGCUGCUGAAAGUAAACGGACAGAGUCUGCAGGGUGUCACUCAUUCUGAAGCUGUCCAGCUCCUUAGACAAACCAGCGGGACGGUCACUCUACAAGUACUCUCAAAAACACCACCAACAUGCUGAUAAUGUCACCGUCCUGUCCAGAUGGUUUGCAUAGACCUCAAGGAGCAGAUCGUCAGACACAGAUGGAGAUCCUACAAGCUGUAUUUAUCAAAACGCAAAAAAACUCCCAAAAUGUACUCUUUUCUAAUUGCAAAAGUAAUGUGUAAAAGUGGGAGACGCCAAUAGAGACUAGUGCUAAACCAGUGGUUCUCAACCAAAGGGACUG